AAGAAAGAAGGAAGGAAGGAAGGAAGGAAGGAAGAAAGAAAGGAAAGAAAGAAAGAAGGAAGGAAGGAAGGAAGGAAGAGAAGAGUUCGACCGGUCAGGCAGGAAAUGACUAUAUCGUACGCGAGCGAAGUGCCAAACGGCUCCAGCUUUGGCUGUUUCUGGAGGAUCCUGGUCAAAUGGCGGGGUUCGGUUUACAAACUAAUCUGGCGGGAAUUACUGGCCUACCUCUUCGUUUACUACCUCAUCAAUUUUACAUAUCGAUAUGCGCUCAACGAGCAGCAACGUGCAAUCUUCGAAAAGAUACGCUAUUAUUUCGGGAACUCGAGCGAGUCGAUUCCGAUGUCGUUCGUCCUGGGAUUCUACGUGAGUCUCGUAGUGAAGAGAUGGUGGGAGCAGUACAAGCUUUUACCGUGGCCGGACAAUCUGGCCCUCUUCAUCAGCGCCGCCAUUCCUGGAAACGACGAGAGAGGACGACUGAUGAGGCGGAAUAUCGUGAGGUAUGCCGUUUUGGCCUAUGUUAUCACCCUUCAGAGGAUCUCGCUGAGGGUUAAGAGACGUUUCCCAACUCUUCAACACAUCGUCGAUGUUGGUCUAAUGAUGGAGUCGGAGAAAAAAAUCUUUGAAAUGAUGAAUAAAAAAGCGGCUAUGUCGAAGUAUUGGAUGCCGCUCGUCUGGGCGACUAACAUCAUCAAUAGGGCAAGGAAAGAAGCUUUGAUCACCAGUGACCAAGUAGUGCAAACCCUUCUUGUCGAACUCAGCGACAUCCGGAAGAGGCUUGGCGCACUGAUCGGUUACGACACUGUUUGCGUUCCUCUCGUUUACACUCAGGUAGUUACGCUGUCGCUUUACGCGUACUUCUUCUCGGCUCUACUCGGUAGACAGUUUAUCGAACGCACUGAAGGGGGUGGUGGGAAAUACGAGGAACCGGACAUGUAUUUUCCUUUUUUCACGGCUCUGCAGUUCUGCUUUUAUGUCGGAUGGUUGAAAGUAGCCGAAGUUCUUAUCAAUCCUUUCGGCGAGGACGACGAUGACAUCGAGUUAAAUUGGCUAAUAGAUAGACACAUUAAAGCUGGUUACAUGAUCGUCGACGAGAUGCACGAAGAGCAUCCUGAACUAUUAAAAGAUCAAUAUUGGGACGAAGUGGUUCCUCGAGAUCUUCCAUAUACAGUAGCGAGCGAGCAAUAUCGACGGGAAGAACCAAAGGGUUCAGCGGAACAUUAUAAAGUAAAGGGCAGCGAUGCUCUCUACGCUAACGUGAUGAUGGGAACACAAAUCCAUAGUCACGUGCAGCAUCGCAAGGUCCAUCAGGAUGACAUGUAUGCAGAUUAUGAAAGCGUAGACACACCAUUAGUGGAGCGAAGAAAGAAUUGGCUUCAACGACAAAUCACGCGAAUGGGUUCUGUACGUAGUUCAUCGACUACGUAUAGUAGUGGAGGAGGUUUCUUUGCACGAAAUCGUCAUAACAGCGUGUACAGUAGUCCUGAAACAGGAGGCUUGCCAACGACAGCUAAUCCGAAUUUGAAAAUGUCACUAUACGACCGUCUCGUAGGUCGUAAAAGUAUCCGUAGUCAACGAAUGGGUAGGCAAGGUACGAUGACGAAGUUGAACUCGGUGCCAGUAUCCUUGAAGAAUAGGCCACGUAUACCGACCCCGGACGUGACAAAGGAGGUGGUUGAUCGUGAGCAGAGAUUGGCGUUGUCGGCGAGCAACACGGCGAACAUCGGUGCGGGCGUUGUCGGCGUGAUACCGGCGAACGGUCAUUAUACUACUGACUUACCGGUGGUCCAAGUGGUCCUUUCGCCGAUUCAGGAGACCGAAGGAACGCCAGCAAACGCAAAAUCGGGAGCAGCUGCUUUGGCACAAGCGGUAUUGUCACCGACAUUGACUAGCGCCGGUUUGGUAGCACCUGUUACCCUAACGCCAGUAACUAUGAGCCAGCUGACGCAGUUAGGCCUGGUCACGACUACGUCGGCUUCUUCGUACAGACCUACAAACAUACAGAGCAACAACACGAUUCAGGCUACCUUGACAGAGGUCAACACUAGCGAGGAGGAAGGUUCAGGAAGCGGAAGUUCCAGUAGUAGAAGCGAAAGUAUCACUGGUCAAGAAGAAAGAAGUACUCCAUUAAUCGGCGAUAAUACUAGUCCCGUAAUUAGCAACGGAAGUUCACCUACCUUCGAUAGUUACAACGAUCGUUCUCCGAUUCUGAUGAAUCCAGAGAAACUAGGAUAUGUCGUAGCUUUACCAACUACACAAGAGAGCCAUCUGCAAACCGCGAUAGAACCACGUGGCAGAAGAUCAGCUUCUUUACCUGGACCACCCGUUAUCCAGUUAAAGGAAGAUAGAAGCAUGUCCUUGCCUCAUUCUCCCGGUCUCCAACCGAGAGAAACCCGAGCAGCUUCCGUUUCAAGUAGACACGAUAAUCCUAACUUAGACAGACUUGCUAUAAUUUCUCCAAAUCAUGAUUUACGACCUAGGACCAAUAGUUUUGGUCAUGAACUCAUGAGGAACAAUCAGCCCCGUAAUCAGGAGACUUCGAGGAAGAUAAGCAGCGCUUCUUGUAACAAUGCUGCGGUUUCAACGGCAUCGAUUGUACCAACGCAGACGACAGGCUCUCCUAGCAAAAGGGGCGAGGUCUAUGUUUGACCGAAAUUUUUUCUUAUCAGGGUCUUUCGUCUUUCCUCUUUAGGGUCUUCGUGACUACCCCGCUUUCGCGAAUUAGAGAUCGUACGAGAAGAUACAAGAUAUUUUAUAUCUUGAUCUUCUUUCCCAUUCGUCCACUAUUGUGAUGUUUUUUUUUUGCUUUUUUUCUUGUACAUAGUAUGACGUGGCAGGAGUCAAACCAUCGAAACUAUUUCAUGGACAAAAGCGUCGAUCGCGAGACUGCUUUUUACGGAUUCUUUUUUUAUUAUCAUUACUUUCUUUCUCUUUUUUUUCUUGUUUUCUUUUUGAUCUUUUUUUUUCUUAGUCAUCAAAUAUGGUUUUUUAAGAAAUUUCACUUUCAUUCACACGUGGUCUCGCAGAUGACGCGUUGAUUUUGAAAAUGACUUUGAAGAUCAAGUCGAUAUCCUGUAAAUACUAUCUAUUUGUGCAUAUAAACUCUAGAAACAUUCAACGGCAUAGUUUAAAAUCGAACGAGAACUUUUAUAAUAUAAAUAAAAAUGAAAAAACACGUUGUUACGUGUGUGCGUGCGUGUAUGUGUAUAUCGCUGGAUCGUUACUAAAGUGCAAUCUCUCGUAUAAAUAUAAUCGUGUUUAAAAUAGAGCGAAAUAAAUUUCGUCUUCGGACUCGAUGGAACGUACGAUAGUGUAUAUUUUUUUAUCACACGUGCAAUAUUGUAGUAGCGUUAAUAUAGAACGCAUUCUUAUCUUUGCCGUCUGAUGUAUAAAUCACCGAAAAAACGAACGCGCAGUAGUUGUUUGGAAAUGGAUUAUUUUAAUUUUUUGUUAAAAUAAUUAAUGUAGACAAUGAAGUAUAGAUUAGAAAGGGUGUUUACUCUAAUUUUUAAUGAGUUUUUAUCAGUUAAAUUAUAGGCCAAAUCAUCGAUUGGAAUGAACCGUAAAAGUGUGAAUAUCAGUACGUUGCAGUAUAGAAGUCAUCAUCUUCUAUGGUAUAUAAAUAAAUAAAUAAAUAAAUAAAUAAGUAUAUAUACAUAUAUAUAUGUAUGUAUGUAUGUAUAUAUAUAUAUAUAAAAUUUUCGUACUUCGUCAUGUGUGAUAUGAAGUUUUAUACAUAUUUAUAUUAUACGAUUUAUGAUGGGAUUGUAUCUAAGAGUAUGUAACGAUAUUCUACUGUUUACAGGCUAUUAACAUAUGCAAAACUUUAUGUAUGCCAUUGUAAAUAGGUAUGCGUUUUUCCAACCGAAGAAACGUCUUUUUCACGAUAAGAAGACAAUU